AUGAAGUGGAUGAUCGUAACCGGUUUGUUGGCGACACUGCUCAGACACGGUGGAGGCAGCGCAAUAAGAUGUUCACCAGAGAAAGACGCUUCGUGUUCUACAGGAAGUGCAAAAGAAGUGUCAGCACCUCCUGCAGUAGUAUCACAGACUGCUGACUCAUCAGCUCCACAAGUGGAAUGUGAAGCGGGCAGCGAAUGGGAGAGCAAUUGUCAUUACUGCCGGUGCUCAGAUACCGGUGUCGCUGAGUGUCUCAGACAAGAAACGUGCGGCGAUGGAGUUUUUGAGGAACCACUACAAUGCAAGCCCAAUAGCACAUUCGUCCGCGACUGCAACACUUGCAUCUGUUUAGAAAAUGGCCUAGCGCUCUGCACUCUUGAGUUCUGUCGGAGAUCAAGUAUUACAAAAAAGCCUGAGUUACCAGCCGGCAAAGACUGUGCUCCUGGAACUACUUGGACUAAUAAAUGCGGUGAAUGCAGAUGUUCAGAUGCUGGCUAUGGACAGUGUGACUCUGCUGAAUGCAAAGGAAAAGAACAUGAGAUGCGUUGUGCACCAAACAGCGUGUGGAAGAACGACUGUAACACAUGUUGGUGCAUAAGCAACGGGCGGCCCGUGUGCACUUUAAUUGAAUGCGACACCUCCACCAAUUUCAACUUUGACAAAGUAAAAUACGCAAAUAACGACGACAAACAGUUCAGUGAUAUGAUAAAGCAGUCAUCUAGAAAUAACACGAAGGAUGUGAUCUGCGUUGCCAAUCGUAUGUUUAUCAAGGACUGCAACACUUGUUGGUGCAAUGAUGAUGGAACAAGCUACUUUUGUACAAGAAAAGUUUGUGUUCCGGAACUGCCCGAUGAGCCUAUUAUUGAGGAAGAAAACCCUGAGGAACUACGAAUAAUUGAAAAGGAAUGCAGGCCAGAUGAAGUUUUCGAAUUAGAUUGUAACAUGUGCCGUUGUAAUAGAGAUGGCAAAUCGUUUUCUUGUACAAGGCGAGCUUGUAUCGACCAAGAUGAUCUCAAGAAUUUGACAUCGUUAUCCAGACGAGUAAGAGCAGUGCAGGAAGCGGCUAAGAACUGUCAGCCCGGCCAAGAGUUCCGAUUGGAUUGUAACAAAUGCCUGUGUGAUAAUGAAGGGCAGGAUUUCUCCUGCACGCGUAUGGACUGCAAUGCAGUCAACAAUAACAACAACGGUGGCGGCAGAAGUAAGAGAGGCACAAGUGAUUUAGAGAAGAUCUCAUCAGAAUGUAGCCCAGGAUCAGUCUUUGAGAGAGACUGUAACACAUGUAGAUGUACUACUGACGGCCACCACGCCAUGUGCACCAACAAACGCUGCACAUCUGAAGUCAAACCAAACACGGCGGACAGUGAUGUGCAUAGUUCUGAAGCUGAUCCUGGCUUCCGCUGCGAUCCAGGUGAACAGUUCAAACGAGACUGUAAGGAUUGUACGUGUUCAGCCGACGGCAAGAGUUACUUCUGUACACUCCACCUUUGCGAUGACGACAUCAGCGCUCCGAGCGUCUAA